AUGAGAUUGGCAAAGGCAUGUUCAAUAUGCCGUGAACGGCGCCGGAAAUGUGACAUUCGGAGGCCCGGUCUGGCUUGCACAUACUGUUCGGCUCGAAAGUUGACAUGUACGCGAGCGGAGUCAUCGGUAGCCAAGGCUCCGGAGUCUGUGUCAGACAAAUCAACUCCAGUUUCUAGGAGUGAUGCUCUAUUGGAAUCCGAAAGUUGUACUCUGCCAGAACAACCUCUCUGCAGGGAUCUGGUGCAGCUCUAUUUCGACUAUGUGCAUGAUAAAUUCCAUUCACUGUUUCAUCGGCCAAGUCUGGUGGAAGACAUGCUCCGAGGUCAGGCACCCAAAAUCUUGAUCUAUGGCAUGUUGGCACUCUCGGCCCGCUUUUCAACGCACCCGUUCUUUGCCGACAUAGACCCCCGAGAAAGGGGGAGGGGGUUUGCCAAGCGAUGUGAAGAGCUGCUAGACCUUAAUAACGUCUCUGUGACAACAAUUCAAGCCUGCGUCUUGCUGGGCGCAAUUGGCGUGGUUGACGGUAAGCCGGCCUCGGAGACAAUAUACUACGCAGUUGCAUGCCGCAUUGCCCAGCUUCUCGAUUUACCAAAUUGCCAGGCCGCGAAUCGGGUUGAACAGGAGAUUUAUAUCAGAGUAUGGUGGACCCUCUGUAUGAUAGACGUCUGGUCCUCAACGGGAGUUCGACUCCCACGUCUACUUACCCCAAAGCCAAACACCCCCCUCCCGAUGAAUGAAACAACAUUCCUACAAAUGAACCGUGAGCAAGGCUUCACGGUAGAAGUCGAAACCGACCGCGCCUCAUCGCUCCUCGCACAAAUGGUCCUUCUAAACCGAAUCCUCUGCGAAAUCAAUGACUUCAACAUUGAAGCCGCAGAAACUUCCCUAACUACAACCUACAUAAUGACCAGAAUCUCCGAUCUCUCUGCAAAGCUCGACCGCUGGCUCGCCGAACUACCGGUGCACAUGCACGAUACACGCGCAAAUCUCGUCUCUUUCGCAUCCGACGGCCUGGGCCAGCUCUUCGUAACCCUCUACCUAGGCUACUACCACUACGGCCAAAUGCUCUUCUAUCGAUUCCUCCACGAAGAUUUACGCAGUUAUGUACCGCGCACACACUUCUACGCCAACAAAUGUAAAGACCAUGCCGUCCUGCUGUGCGAAAUGAUCUACAGUUCAGAGGAGGUCCCCGGGUGCGACGUGCUGUACAAUAUGGUAGGACAUGUUCUAGUGAUUGCCUCGACUGUCCAGAUCCACACCUUGCUUUUCGGGGUUGAUAAUGAGGGUAUUGCGCACGCAAGGCGGAGACUGGAGAGGAAUUUCUGUAUCCUUACUCGGUUGCGUGGUCUCUGGCCCACGCUGGAUGUUUGCAUGGAGCGUCUGCAGGCUUUUCAUCGAGCUUGUAGGCGCUCUGUUGAUACUAGCUUUUGUAUGGAUGGGUGGAUGGUGAGGUUUUUGGUCGAGUUUGGUCAUCCGGUUAGUGAGAGGGAGGGGAAUGGGGUUGAAGAGAGGCCUUGGACAUUAGAAGAGAUUGGAAUUUCAUAA